UCUCUUGGGUGCCACCCGCGGGCAAGGCCGGAUUAAUCGCCGCUGCUGCCGGCGGCCCAUGUGUCCUGAUGUCCUGGGACCCGAACCCCGUUCCCCGUGCCUUGCGAUGCUGGAGCCUACGGAGGGCGUCCGAAACUGCCCUACAGAGCAGUCGCCGGGCAGUUGAAGAUCAACUAAAGAUACGUGGCCACAAGAGGGAUGCUGAUGUCUUCGAGCUGUUCCUUUCUAAAAAGGAACUGACAGAGGUCAUUGAUCUCUCUAGGUUUAAAAAAUUAAAAUACUUAUGGCUUCAUCAUAACAAGCUCCAUGGAAUAACAUUUCUAACUAGAAACUAUUGUCUGACGGAACUAUAUCUAAACAACAAUGCAAUAUUUGAGAUAGAAGGCCUGCAUUGUUUGCCUUCAUUGAAUAUACUCCUGCUACACCACAAUGAGUUAACCAAUAUUGAUGCAACAGUGAAGGAAUUACAGGGAAUGCUAAAUCUGAAGAUCCUAAGUCUAUACCAAAAUCCUUUGUGCCAAUAUAACCUGUAUCGUUUAUAUAUCAUCUACCACCUUCCAGGAGUGGAGCUGCUUGACCGAAAUCAAGUUACAGAAAAAGAAAGAAGAUCAAUGAUUACCAUUUUUAACCAUAAAAAGGCUCAUAUCGUUCAAUCAAUAGCAUUCAGAGGAAAAGUAGAUGCUUCGUGGGGUCCUAAAUCACCAUUUAAGCAAAAACCAGCCCAGAGAGUACCUUCAGAUUUUGGAUUUGCAAAUAAUGUAGACAAAACUGUGUUCGAUGACCCAGAAGAUGCUGUUUUUGUGAGGUCCAUGAAGAGAUCAGUGAUGACUUUGACCUCUAUGAACUGGAACACAGUUCCAACACGAGAGGAAAGAUACCUCGAAGAGGAAGGCACAGAACCGGCUCAAAUGCUCACAGUUACACUGAGAUGA